AUGGCAGUACCAGGAGAACGCUUCCACGUUCUUGCUCAACUAGAGCAUUUGCAAUCCAAAUAUACCGGAACAGGACAUGCAGAUAUGAAUAGGCACGAGUGGGUUGUAAACCAACAUCGCGACACGCGGGCUUCACAAAUGUCGCAUCCUGGUAUGAAUUCUUUCAUCGCAAUUGUCGAAAAUGAAAGCCGUGCUCGAACUCGCUUCAAUUUACUCAAUCGAAUGAUCCAACCAUGCGGGCCACCACCAGAGAAGAAUCCUCUUGACGAUAUAUAA